AUGAAUAAGAUAUCAUUUACUCCUAAACAUCAAAAAUUGGUUAACCAUUGUUAUCCUAAGGGGAGGUCCCCGGAUAUGAAACCUAAUUCAUCAGAAACAUCAUAUCUAUUGUAUUAUGUCAAUUCCAGAAGAUCUAAGUUAGAAAAAGUAUCCAACUAUUUGACUAGAAAAACUGCUGGUGAUUUGAACCAUAAAAGAUUUGGCCAUAUCUCAGUGACGUUACAAUUGAUGGAUAAAAUCAUUAUUGAUUGUAAAGAAAAUAUCAACAUUUUUAUUUCUAAUUUCUUAUCUAUUUAUUCAAGCAUCAUCCUUGACCCUUCUAUCAAUAAUGACUUACCAAUUAUGGAAUUAAUCUACGAGAAUUUGAACAAUCUUUCAUUGAACAUCGAUAUGAGUUUAUUAAAUGGUAAUCCAACAAUUUUCAAACAAUUUAAAGAGUUUAUUGAUUAUUUUAUCACUUUAAUUGAAAAAAGAAUUAAAAACGAUGAUUUAUUAUUGAAUGUCUUCAUUUCAUUAUCCCAUAUUACUAAUUUAUCCAUCUUAAAGGAUACAAAUGAAGACUUAAGUCUAAAUUAUUUAAUUAAAGAUUCUAUUGAUAAAACUUUGGCAAUUUUCAUUAAACGAUUCCCCACCUAUGCUAAAGAUAAUGUAACAUCUACAAAACAACAAUCGAAUCAUCUUUCAAUGUCAAAACGUCUUUCUAGAACAAAAUCUAUUCAAGCAAGUGAUAAUAUUCCCUUUACCAUGUCUUUAAAUAAUAAUGAUCCGGCGUCAGACCUAUCACUUCAAUGUUUGAAAUGUUACUUCAAUACUAUUGAAAUAGAUAAAUUAACUUUAUCGAUUAAUCAAUUAUUACAUUUCUUACAAACAAAUAAAAAUAAAAAUUUAUUAUUUUUAAUUGUUGAUGGUAUUCCUGUUCAAUUAAGAUAUUUGGCAGUUCUUCUAUUGAUAAGACAAGCCACGUCUACAUCUUCAAAACCAGAAUCUUCUAUUCUUUCUUUCAAAUAUGUUUCAAUGCUAUUAACUUCAGACAUAAGUAUUGUAGGUUUAAGCAUUUUAGAUAUUAUGAGAAAGAUUCUACAAUUUCAAUUGGGUGCAUCUAGAGAUUCUUCUAUAGUAAACCAGUGUACUACAACCAUUACAGAUUUAAACUAUAGAUUAUAUUAUAAUAGUCAGUCUUCAGAUAUUCUUUAUGAGUUAUUAACACAAUUGAAAGACAAUCCUACAAUUAAUUCAAAUUCAAAUUGCAAAAAGAUAUUAACCAAAAAUAUAAUUUCAAUUUUAAAUAAUUUGGCCUUUAACUCUAUUGAUUUGCAUCUAUAUUUGCAAAUAAUAAGAGUUCUAAAGGAUGAAAAUUUGAAUCCGGUGGAAUUAUUUGAAUUGAUUGACAAUGCAGUGAUUAAUGAUUAUAUAUUAAUUGAUUUCUUAAUAUACGUUUCAUCCGUUAAAAAUCAAAAAGAUAUUCGAAGAAAUUUAAUGAGAAAGUUUUUCAAAAAAUUUAAAAAUUUUGCAUUGAUUUCAGGACUUUAUUAUUAUUAUAUUAAUGAUAUUCAUGAUGAAGGUCUUGUAGAUGACCAAUAUACAUAUUAUUUGUAUCAUUUACAAUCAUCUACUUUGAUUAAUAAUCAAGAAUAUAUUAUAAAAUCAGACAGUUUAAAAGAUGAUUUACAAUCUAAAAUUCAAAUUUCCAAAGAUGAGCUACAGAAUUAUUAUUCACAAGAAUCAAAGGAUGAUUCUUCAGAUCUUUUGAACUUGAAAAAAAGGGUUCUUCAAUUAUUAUCAACUGUUUCUACUCCUGAAAUGAACGCAGUUCCAUCGAAUGGCCUUGAUAAUGCUUCUAAUCCAUCAUCUCUAAAUUUAUCAUCAAAUAAUAUUAUAAAGCCAAUAAAAAGGUCACAACCGUCAACUCCAGGGAGAGCAAAUUCAUUUGCACUAUCUCUUACUUCAAACAAUCAUUUGAAUAUUGAUGGUACUUUUUCAAAUUCAAAUUUAAAUAAUAAUAAUAAUCUCACUUCACCUGUUCAACCGAAACCAUCUUUCUUAAUAAAUGGUAACCAUAGUGAUGUUAAUUCGCUAAUUUCAAAAAAGAGAAUUAUUCCAAAUGUUAAUCAAUUGAAAAAGGCAAUUGCAUCAAAUCAUGCCUCGAGUGCAUCACCAAAACAAAACUUAAAGGCAACCGAUUUAGCAUCUUUAGUUGGGUCACAAUCAAUUAAAUCUCGUGUAACAAAUAUUUCAUUUUUAUUAGGCGAAUUAGAUGAUAUGGAUUUAAACGAUAACACAAAUAAAACAAUUACAAGUGCAACUAGUAUAAGAAACUUAUUAGUGGAUAAAUCUUUUGCAAGUUCAAAGACAUAUGAUAAUAAGGAUGAUACUAUAGAUAACUUCAUGGACGCUAAUGAAAAUGUUAAUGUAACAAAUAAUGUUUCAAGGGGCAAAUUAUUUAGUUAG